UUGAAAAUUCCAAAAACGCACGUGGUUGUGACUUGUGAUAAAAACAUAUGUAAAUACAGUGAACAAAAGCUGUAAAAUAAUGUUUUUUACGUAUUUUAAUUAAUUUGUGUAUCAUUAAAAUAUAUUAGACAAUAUCUGUUUUGUAUUUUACAUAUAAUUUAAAAAAUGGAGUCAGUUAAUGAGCUUGAAACAUAUCUUUUAAUGAAUUAUAUUGUUGCCGAUAAAGAUAUUUAUAUACCUUCGGCGGUAAAACAAAUAUUGGAUGGAAAAUACGAAUUAUUGCUUGAAAAUAAGAAUUUAUUGUCUUUAUCGGAAACAAUUGAUAAUAUUGAAGAAACAAUUGUGAAAUUCAUUAAAACAGACAAAGAUCAACAUUUAAAUUGGCUUUCAAUUGGAAUUGCUUCACUAUUACAUUUUAUUCAACACAAUUGGACAGGACCAUCAUCUAAAUUGGAAAUUGAAAAUUAUUCCUUUCUUCGAGAAAUAGCAUUUAAAAAUUUAUCAUUACACGAUGAGUGCAAUGAAAAUAUGUCUCGAGCAGAAUUUUUAUAUUUAGCAAAAAUAAUUUUUUCAUGUAAAGAAUUACAAUCAUCAUUUGAGAGUUGUGCAUGGUGGCUUCUUAGAGCAAAUUAUGUUCAUCAAUUAAUUUUAGAAGAAAAUUCAACAAUAAUAUUUCAACAAUUUGAGAAAUUAAUUGAAAUUAUUUCACAAUCUUCCCUUUUAGAAAAUUAUUGUCUCAAGACAAUUUUUAAUUUGGAAGUAACACAUUUUUAUUUAUACUAUAGACGAGUUCAAAGUUCAGAAAUUUUUUUUGAAAUUGCUGAAAAAAUAGCUGAAUUAAAAUUAGAAUUAAAAGGUGCAUUAGGUGUGCGUACCAAAUAUCAACAGAUGGAAAAAGCUCAAUUAUUAUUAAAAAUUAAAAUUGAAAAAGAAUUAUUUCCAUCAAGGCCCUCCGAUGUUACGCCAAAUGCUUUGAAUUUAAAUGAUGAUUUAAGAUUGGAGAAAAUUAAAUUCUCUGAGGAAACACAAAAUGUGAAAUUGGGUUCUAUUGAGGAAGCAAUUAUCAUGACUAAAUAUUUUCAUCUUCAACUUUCGCAACCAAAACAUCAACUUACUUCUGAAGAAAUUACACCCUAUUUAGCUAGAGUGAUUGAAAAUACGAAUAAUUGGUCCCUGAAAUUAUCGUCAUUAUAUCAAAGAUGUGUUAAUGAAUCGAAUCAUAAAAGAACGAUAGAGCGAUCAAUAGCACAAAUGGAAUAUUUAAUAGAUCAGGUGAAUGAUGAUAAAGCGCAAAUUUCUCACAGAAUGGAUAUGUUUUUUGUUAGUGGCUUAAAACCAAAAUGGUCAUUUAAACAAACGCUUGCAGAUCAAAAAUUGAAUUUGGGACUUGUAAAAGGAGCUCUCGAUCUCUAUUUAAGUCUUCAUCUUUGGGAAGAUGUGGUUCUUUGCUAUACAAUUCUUGGCUUAAAGCACAAAGCUGCGGAAAUUAUAAAGCAAGAAAUUGAUAAAAAGCCGUCAGUGAAAUUAUGGUGUUUACUUGGAGAUGCAAUGGAGGAAGAGGAACAUUAUGAAACUGGUUGGAAAUUGUCUGAAGAAAAAAGCAGUCGUGCACAACGACAUUGGGGAAUCUUUCAUUUUAAUAAGAAAAAUUACAUUGAGGCCGUGGCGCAUUUAAAACUUUCUGCAGAGUUGAAUAAUAUUCAAGAAAGUGUUUGGGCGAGACUUGGAUUCGCUUGUUUAGAAAUUGAAAAUUGGGAAUUAGCCGCUACAGCAUAUAGAAGUUUUUGCGCUUUAGAUCAAACGUGCUUUGAAGCAUGGAAUAAUUUGGCAAAGGCCUAUAUUAAAUUAGGCGAAAAACAACGUGCCUUUCGAGCUCUUCAGGAUGCAAUUAAAUGUAAUUAUGAUCGAUGGGAAGUUUGGGACAAUUUAAUGGUCGUCAGUAUUGAUUUAGGACGAUUCACAGAAGUAAUUCGUUGUUAUCAUCGAAUUAUUGAAAUUAAAGGUCAACAUUUGGAUGUGCAAAUUCUUAAUAUUUUAUCAAAUGCCAUAAUUGACGAUAUUAACGAUGCCGAUGGCAAUAAGACACGAAAUAUUUUACCAAAAGCUUUAGAACUUUUUGGACGAAUAACAUCUGUAUUGCCAAAUAAUGCUGAUGUAUGGCGACUUUAUGCCGAAUUAAAUUCUCUAAAUAAUGAUGAUAUUAAUAAUCAAAAAACAGCACAAUAUUUGCAAAGAGCAUAUCGUGCCUCGGUUUCCGAUCCAAAAUGGUUUCAACGAUUAGAAUCAGUGGAAAAUGUUUUAAGCAUGUGUAUUAAAUUGGCCGAAGCUUAUGAAAAUUGUUCGCAAAAUUGUUCAGAUAUACAAAAACGAGGACUCCUUGGAAGUGCAAAAUUAUCACUUCAAUCAGUUAUUAAAAAAGUGAAAGAUCAAGAAUUAAGUCAACAACAAGAAAUUAUUAAUAAUUUGCUGAAAGUUGAAGAAAAACUUAUUAAUAUUAUCGCGGAUUUGGAUAAAAUAAAGUAACAUCGGAUCAUGAAAAUAUUAAAAAAAAAAAAAAAAAAAAAACUGUUUUAAUGGAAAUUUUUUUUAUUAAAAAUAUAUAAAAGAAAAAUGAGAUUUUAUUGUUUUUAAAAUAGAAAACUUUUUUUCAUUUUGAAGAAAAUUUUUCUUUUCUUUAAAUAGUAAUU